CGUCAAUUCAUUCAUUGUCAUUAAAGUAUUAAUAUAAAUACAUCUCAUUCUUUCCACAAUUUCACAUUCAAACAUCAUUCCAUUCUUCAAGACGGUGAAUUUUUGCAGAGCAUAAUGGAGUCGUUGUAGCACCGCCAUUGAAGUUUUUUUGGCUGCGAUUUGGGAGGUCAGAAAUAUGAUGAGAGGCGGCGAGCUUAUGGCGUUAGACACGGUGAUGCUACCGCGACGCUCAAGUAUCUUUACAUUUUUAGAAAAAUCACACUUUAAUGUUUUUUGCAGAGAGUGUUAUCUUUAAAAAAAAAAUUAUUAUUAAACAUCUCAUUAUAUCGUUUUUCAGUCGACCUCUAUGCAACGUCCACUUGAACAACUUGAAACACCUUUUGAAGGCCGGUUCCGUGUACGGCAUGAGCGGCUUCGAAGUGACGCGGAGCAACCUCAACUUCAAACUGUAUGACUCUCCUCUGUCUGUGAUUCGACUCUCUUGCUGUUUCCUUCUACAAAACAAUGGAAAGCUAUGGUGACCCUAAUCCUUGUUGUUGCAAUGAGCAUAAACCCAAAUAUUGUUGGAGGUGGUGUUGUUUCCAUAUCCGGUCGAUGAUGUAAUAUUUAUAAAUGAUGUAAAGGGGUGGAGAUUUUCGUAUUAAUAGUCAAGAAUAAACAAGCUCGGUCAAUUACAAGAACUAAAGAUGCUCGUCUAAACAGUUCGUCUAAACAAGUAUCUUUCUAUUUUAUGGUCUGAGGUCGUCUGGGCCGAGCUCGUCUAGUGGUCGAGGUCGUCCGAGACUUUGUCUGUGAUGAAGAGGCGAUGCUCUCCUUUUCUGUACUUUCUGUACUUUUCUGACUUCCCUUCAAUGAGUCUGACGUCUUCUAUUUAUAGUGACAUACGUUUUGUCUUCUAGCGAAAUCACCAAUUGUUGCUUAAUGGGCCGGACCUGAUUUUGGGCUUAGCUCUUAAUGGGUCUGUGCUAAGCCCAUCUCCAACAAUUGUCCCCCCACAGUUCGCCAAGUGUUGAAUCUUGGUGAAUUCUUCUAGAAUCUUCUGUCUGAGAAAAUCAGGGCAGGCUCAGGAAUUGUCGAGAAAUAGGGCAACACGUUUUCUUCUCUCCUAUAUAAGUGAUGGAUGGAUCUCUUAUUUUUCUUAAAAAACUUGUCUCCCAUUUGGAAGCAAAGGUAAAGAUUUUGCUCUCUCUUUUUAUUGUUUUGGUGUGGUCCUCGUUCUCUUUGUUUAUUAUUUUUAUAUUAUAUUUUUUUUUGGUUUCCUUCUUGCGGACACUCUUUCUUGUCUCCCCUUUCCCUUCUUUUUUUUUUUUUCGGUGGAAGAAGCUGAAUGUCUGUGAUGUGUGGGAGAAAGAGAGGCUGAGUUUUUUUUUUUUAAAAAAGAAAAGGUCCGAGCUCGUCUUAUUACUCUUCUCCUCCCUCCCUUUUUUUUUUUUUUUUUACGGUUGACAGUGUUGAGCUCGCGGUCUGUGAUGUGGGAGAAGAGACCGAGCUCGAUUUGGAGGAGGAGCUGAGCUCGCAGUCUGUGGGAGAAGAGACCGAGCUCGAUUUGGUCGUGAAGGGUGAGCCGAGCUUGCGGUCUGUGGGAGAAGAGACCGAGAGAUUUGGUCGUGAAGGGAGAGCCGAGCUUGCGGUCUGUGGGAGAAGAGACCGAGAGAUUUGGUCGUGAAGGGUGAGCUGAGCUGUCUUUGUGGUCGGCUUGUCUUUUGUUCAAGCUUGUCUCUCCACUGGUUUGUUUAUUUGGUGAAGGUUCGUCGAUGGUGGCUGAGGUCAUCACUGGUGAAAGUUUGUCGAUGGUGGCUGAGGUCGUCACUGGUGAAAGUUUGUCGACGGUGUUUUCGAGGUCGGCUCUUGGUGUUGCGAGCUCGUCGACCUUGGCUCCGAGCUCGCCAGUGAAGGUCCCAAGUUCGUCGAUGGUAGCUCCGAGCUCGCCGGUGGAGAUCCCGAGCUCGUCGACGGUAGCUCCGAGCUUGCCGGUGGAGAUCUCGAGCACAUAUCCUGAUAUCCCGAGCUCGUCGAUGGUUGCUCCGAGGUCGGCUCCUGGUGUUGUGAGCUUGUCGUUGGUGGCUCUGCGGUCGGCUUCCGGUGUUGUGAGCUCGUCGAUGGCAGUGCCGAGCUUGAUUUCGUCUGUUGUAUCAGAUUCUUUGUCAGUGAAAGAAUGUGGUCGAGAUGUUGAGGGUACGAGCUUGUCGCUUGUUAUGCCGAGCUCCACGGAGCCGUGUUGUGAUGAAGUGGGGUUCAGUUCGUUGGAUGGGGAGUUUGCUCGUGAGCAGCUGUCUUUGAUGGUUCGUAAGAUGGAGCUUGCUGAUGGUCACCAGUCGUGGUCGGAGAUUGUUGAAUCUGUUAUUUUUGCUGAGGUAGGUACUCUUACGGGAAGCGAAGCAGAAGAUAGGGUAAGUGCGAGUUUGAUCGAGGAAGGGACCGAGUUUCUUUUUGACGAGCACGGGACGAAUUUGGUGGCGGAGCCUGGUGUUGGAGGGUCGAGACCAUCUUUGAAAACGCCUCCUGUUUUGAGUUCGUCAUCUUUGGUGAAGAAGACUAUGUUGGAAACUAUCCGGGAACAUGAGCAGAUGCAGUUGGCAAACUCCUUUCUAGCGAGAGAGUCGUCGUCGGAAACUACAAGUUCCUCUGACGGUAGUUCGUACUCGAGUUCUCAUAGUGAGGAAUCUGCGGAUAGUGCUGAUGUUGCUAAUGAAUCUGAUAACGUUGUUGGAGAUGAUGGACGAGAUGAUGACGUUGAAAACGUUGAUGUUGAAAAUGAUGGUGUUCUGGGAGGCGCCGGUGAUGAGCAGAAUGGGACCGGUGACGUUGAUGUUGAUGAGGAAAGUGAGCAAGACGAGUUUGCUAGUGACGGUGAUCGUGCCGCUGUUGGCGAUGAUGACGUGGGUGACCGAGAUGGUGUAGAUAGACGUAGUAAUUUUAGUGAUGAGCAUGAUGAUUUUAGUGAUGAGCAAAGCGGUGUUAGUGGUAGUCUAGAAAUCAUUGUUGUAGCUGAUGGGAGGGAUGAUGCCGACGGAAGUAGUGAUCGUCGAGCCGAUGUUACUGAUAUUUUGAGAAAAAUAAAACAAGAAAGCUUGGCUGCUUCCCUUGCUGGUUCGCUCGAUGCCUUUGGUGAUCCUUGUGAUUAUGUGAAGAAAAAGGUCAGGAAGGCAAGGGAAAGGCCUAGGAGUUUCAUAGGUCCUCUUGUUAGUCAUCCGGAUCCAUCGGAGUCAUUUCCUUCUAUUGUUAGUGAGGACACAGUUAAGUGGAUCUUAGCCAACUGUUGCCGUAAUGGAGUCAUAGAAGCGCGUAUCCCUGGCGAAGAUGAACGUCCGUGGACGGUUCCGGAUGGGUGGCUUUGUGUUUAUGACUUCUGGUUCACCGAGUAUCAUUUGUGGUUUCCUCUCCCGAGGUUGCUGCUGGCGUAUUGUGAUGAACAUCUUAUUGCACUCGCUCAGCUUACUCCUGCUGCUAUCCGAAACAUAGUUGCAGCUUUGUUCACAGCCGCGGAUAUUGGUGUUCACAUGAGCCUAUGCUUGUUUGAACGUAUCGCGCAUAUUACUCGGUGUGAUAAAACGGACGGGGCUUUUUACGUGUCAAUGAAGGCUGGCUGUGGUGUUGUUGGGGAGAGGAAGAGAAAAACGUUAUGUUGGAUUAAGAAGUUUUUUUAUGUUCGAAUUGCGUCUUCGUCGGUCCCUGAUGUUUCUGAUAAGAGUGUCCCUUUUAGGAGUAGUUGGAAUCCUUACAAUGGUCGUCGUUUAGUUGGUGUUCCUCUUGCUCCUGGUGAUAGUGAGUGCGUGGAAUACUUCAAGGAGACGAAGGCUCGGGAUUGGACUGUGGUGAGGCGGUCGGAGGUUUGGCGGCGCAUCCCGUUUAUUGACUCAGCUUGUUGGAGAAAGAUGGAUUUGAGCGAGAUUCCGAGUUUGGUUGACUGUUUUGCUGGGGGUAGUGACGAUGCCCCUGUUGUGGAGUCUGGUCAGUGUAUCGCCGGUGUGGAGCCUUCGGCACCUGCUCGUAGUAUUGUUGUGGGUCUUACUAGUACGACAGUUCCUGUCCCGUCCGCUGGUGUUUCUGGAAAGGAAGUUGUUGCUGCGGGAGGCGAGAAGGUUGUGAAGAAGAGAGUUGCCGCUGGUCAUUCGCCAAAAAACGUGCCCCCUUCGAAGUCUCGCAAAGUUGUGAGCUCUGAUGUUGAGCCAUCUUUGGUGGUUGAGUCGCCUGCUGCGGAGAAGGCUGCCUUUGAACCGUUUGAACAUUCGUUCAAUGGUUUGUCCUCGGGAUGUGGUGAUCUUUUUAAGUUGUUUCAAUCGCCUGGUGGCGUUGAUGGUUUGCCUUUUGACCACGGCAGGCGCGGUGAGUGGUAUCAGGAGUUCGCUCGUCACUUGGCUGUUGCUACAAAAUUUGCGAACAAAUUGGUGGUUAAUCAGGAUGAAGAGCUUGAAGAGGUGAAGGCGGAGCUUGAAAAAACGAAGGCUGAGCUUGCUUCUAUUGAGGGCAAGGCUGAUAGUUCUGAGGAAAUAGCGGCUCUGCGCGGUAAGUAUGAGGCUGAGAAGAAAGUGUCCUCAGAUGCAUUGGAAGAAGUUCAAAGACUCACUGCAAAAAUAGCUCUGGAAACUGGACGGGUGAAGAAGCGUCAAGUGGCUGACUUGGAGCGUUUUAAGAAGGAAAAAGAGGUGGCGGGCAGGAGGUAUCGCAGGGCAGUAACGAGACAUGAUGAUGUGCUUGCUACUUUUAAUUCUCGUAUGGAAAAGGUGCGGAGGUAUGUGGAAAAUCAGAAGGCUGUUCGCACAUCUAUGUAUGGAGUGAAUCAGAUUGUGGGAGUGCUUGAUGCUGCCAAGACUUGGAAGAAAGAGGCAAUAAUUAUUCCUGAUGGUAAGGUUAGGCAUCUUGAGAAUGAAUUGGUCCGGAGGAAGGAGAAGGCAAACUUGGUUGUUCGUGUUGAGUUUGAACCCAAGGAACUGGCUGAUAUCCCUUCCUUUGAUUUUACUCGUCCACUUUCUCCUGUUCAUAUGACUCUGACUGCGGGGGUUGAAGAUGCUGCUAAGGCAAGAGGGAAGGAGGAAAAUCGUCGUCGUGAGGAAGCAAGUCGUCGUCGUGUGGCUGAGCGUGAUGGUGCUGUGUCUUCGGAUGUGAGGCGUGAGGGUCAAGUUCCUUCCCGCCCGUAGUUUAGUUCGUGUGAUCGUCAAGGCCCUGCGUGGCUGC